GCCUGUGCGAACGCGACGCGACGCGCUCGCCCGCUCCUCCUUUCCGUUCGAUCGAUCGAUCUCAGCGGCGCCAUUCAAAAGGCAAGUAACGGCUAAUAAGCCAAGCCCAACGCAAAACUCUCCGCUCCUCGUCCUCAUCUCGGCGGCUCCUCGCCUCGUCGCCGUCAUCCCUGAAGAGCUGCUGCUGCUGGUCCCGGCGAGGCAAGGGACGAUGGAAGACGCGGUCGCCGCCGCCGUCGCCGCUAACCCCAGUGCGGCCACUCGGUCUGCCAGGAGUGGGGCCGGCCCCGUCAGAGUCGUGGCCAGGAUUUGCCCCGGCGGAGGCUCCGGAGGCUCCUUCCAGGUCGCCGUCCGCGGUUCCGAUACGACCGAUUCCUCCUCCACGUCUGUCUCCUUCAUCCCCAUCAACAAGGAGGCCACUCCUGCUGCCGCUGGGGCUCUGACCACGCGAAAGGAUCACGAGUACAAGGUCGAUUACUGCUAUCUCAAGAAUGAUUCCUCCACUCGCAUCUUCAACGACGAGGUCAAACACCUCCUGGAUGACAUCUUUCGUGGCGAAGCCCACAGCAACGCAUGCGUAAUCACUUGCGGUGCCUCUGCCAAAACAGAACUCAUCAUGGGUUCCCAAGAUCAUCCUGGCUUGCUCACCAUGGCUAUGGAGCAAAUCCUACACAGAGCCAAACCCACCGGGGCAGAGGUCAGCGUUUCCUCUUACCAGGUGCUUCAGGAUAGUCAUGUCUUUGAUCUCUUGGAGCCAAAGGACAGCGAGGUCCAGGUGCUGGAGGAUGCUGAUGGAAGGAUUCACCUCAAGGGCCUCUCCAAGGUUGAUAUCAAGUCAAUUGAGGAGUUUUCAGAUCUUUGUUGUGGCGGCAGUUACAAGCUCACCACGAAACCUUCAAACCAGAUGCAAACCAAAGGGCACAAAGGCUUUGUUAUUUAUAUUUCUAGAUUUGAUCGGUCAGGCAGAGAAUGUGCUGUAUCAAAGAUAAAUUUUCUUGACUUGGCAGGUUACGUUGAUACCAAGCAGAAGAAUGGUGGUGGAGGGUUUGCUCCAUCAAAUUGUAACAAGUCCUUGUAUGCUGUAAUAAAUGUCGUACAAGCUCUGAACAGCAACCAAAGCUUCAUACCCUACAGACAAUAUAAAGUAACUCGUAUUUUGCAAGAUUCUUUAUGCAAGACAAGUGGUGCUGUCUUGAUAUGCUGUGUGGAUGAAGUUUCUUGCCAAGAUGCAGUCUCUACUCUUACUUUGGUUUCUCGCUCAAGCCAAACGGUCAAUGAACAAUUCUACAACUUAUCCUUGGGUACCAGAAGUUUCUCAAAAUCAAAUGUUAAACUUUCAGCAGGGGCCAAGAAUUUGUCAAGGUCUUUGCUACCUUCUAUCCAGCAACGAAGUUCUGUACUACAGAAGCAUGGCCAAACCCAAUUCAUUGUGAAAGCAACUCGAACCCCCACUGCCAAUAAGAGGUCUGAAGUGAUCAUGCGUUCAGGCAAAAAAACUAUAAGCUCUGCCUCUACUACAAUCAAUAUGAAGCACUCGGGAGCUAAGUCCAUUCUGAGUGGCAGGAGGUUGUUGUUCAGUCCGUCUACCAAUUCAUCAAAGGAAGAUAACAUACAUGUUGUACCAACUGUGGUGGCGAAAUCUGAGGUGGUUCAGUCAUCACUUGCCAUGGCAAUUCAAGCCUUGUCACCAUUUGAGGCAUGUGAUGAAACAGAAAAGGUUUUAGAUGUUGUAUCAUCUGAAAUGCAAGGAGUAGUGAAAGAAAUAGUAUCAGUUGACAUGCGAGAAAAGGACCAUUCCUCUUCGGAUUCGCAUGCAGAAGAUUCAUAUACUGAUUUUGUCUUGACAUGCUCAUCUGAUAUAGCUGAUGAAUUUGCUAAGAAGACUCCAGUCUACGCUACUCAAUCCUCUCCAAAGCUGAGUGAUCGACUAAAAGAGAUAUCAAACUCAUUGAAGCUUCUUAGCACUAGGCCAGUGAAUAAAACAAAACAAAAAACAGAUAUGGUUUGUGCCCAACCCUGUUACACAGAUGUAGCUGAACCAAAAACUCCUGCGGUUCACUUGAAAUUGGGGCAUGCUGAAGAUCUUCAAGAGUCAUUCAAGAGUUGCAACACAGGGAUCAAGCAGAAAUCAUUGGCUCAAGAGUGCUUGAUGGUUCUAAACAGCGCUAAUAAGGAGCAGUUAAAAAGCCUUAAGGGUAUUGGAGAGAAAAGGGCAAAUUAUAUACUUGAGCUCCGAGAGGAGUCACCAGAGCCAUUUAAAAAUAUUGAUGAUCUCAGAACCAUCAUUGGGAUGAAUAAAAAAGAGAUCACCAAAAUGAUGUCAGCAAUGGUUCUGGACUCAGAGAUCGACAAGGAAGCGCUCUGCUGAUUUCUUUCCACCUAGGAAAGGAGAGGCGACAGUUGAUGUAUUCUAUAUUUGUACUUGGAUACUCCCAAUCUGUUUGGUUUCAAAUGUUUUACUUUGGUGUUUAUUGUUGAGAGAUUUCAACUGCUGCAGAACCCAGUUGCUCCUGGGUGUUGCAUGUUAGGGUAACUGGAUGUAUUUGUUGCUGUUAUAAAUGUUUGCAUGUAUAUUGUAGUAUAGUCAUGUAAAAUGCUAUAAGUUUUAUACAUGACACAUGCUUAUAAGUACAAACAGAGAAUAUUGGAAGGUUUUCCUGCCUA